AUGCCGUGUACCUCAAAGCUGGGCUGUGUGGGAGGAGCUCCCAGAUGCGUGGGCAGUGAUUCCGUGGGCUCCUGGAUCACCUGCCCAAGAUGCAUGCAGUGUGAUACAAAAUUUGACUUCAUAACUAGAAAGCAUCACUGCCGAAGAUGUGGAAAGUGUUUCUGUGACAAGUGCUGCAGUAAAAAAGUGCCUCUGCCUCGCAUGUGCUUUGUGGACCCUGUGCGCCAGUGUGCUGAAUGUGCCCUCGUCUCUCAGAAAGAAACAGAGUUUUAUGACAAACAGCUUAAAGUACUCAUGAAUGGUGCUACAUUCUUUGUAACUCUGGGAACAUCUGAUAAAUCCGAGCUCAUGGUUUGUCGACUUUCCAACAAUCAGAGAUACCUAGUUUUGGAUGGAGACAGCCACUAUGAAAUUGAAAUUAUACAGAUUUCAACUGUUCAGAUACUUACAGAGGGAUUUACUCCUGGAGAAAAAGACACUCACACUUACACCAGCCUUCUGGAGAGCCAGCAUAUUACGGAAGGAGGUAAUACUCGUGCCAUAGGUAUGAUUCUGCAGUAUAAGGUGCCAGGAUCAGAGGAGCUAACACAGAUGAAAUUUACAGCCAGUGAAGACUUCAGCUGUAACAAGAAACUGUCGGCAAGCUGGCUCGCAGCUAUGCAUAAGGCAACAAAACUUCUUUACGAGUCCCGGGACCAGUAAGAACAGCGACCUGUUGGCCACUUGAGGGAAGACACCAGCCUCCACGGACCUGCCUCUCACUUUUUGCUGAUUUGACAGCUGGUAACAUUUGCUGUUCUUGACCCUUUCUCAUUCCAGUGUGGUUCAUUCUGUAAGAACUGGCAAAUGUAACGUGAGUAUUUGUUUUGAACCAUAAGUAUUCACUAUAGUGUGCAAUAUGUAUACAAUUAAUGCUUUAAACAGCCUCACCUUUUAAGACUUUGUAUAUUUUGUUAAGCCUUUAUUGGCACUUAAUAUGAAAGUGACCUGCACUACAGCUAAUGUACAGCACAACUUUUAUAGUAACCAUUAUAUAUACCGUUUGCUACAAAAAGCAAACCAAUGUGUAUGUCUCUUCUGCAGAGAAUAGCUUUUGGGUAUAGAUCUCAGGUUUUUCCCUCUAUCCAAAUGUUUAAAAUCAAUGUACAAUAAAAUCUGCCUUAGAUAGGAUUUUAUAGAAAUCACUUGGGUUUUUUUUAAACAUUUCAUUUUAAACAGCUAAAUAUUUCACCAAAUACCACCAAAUUGGACUUACAUGAACAUAACCUUGAAACUUAACUUCUGUAAUAAAUAAGCUUCCAGGAUUCUUUUUAGUUUUGUAUUUUCUUUUUGGUAACUAGCUUUUGUUAAUCUAACUGUAAUGCUUUCUGAAAUUGUAUACAAUUUAAUGUACAAAUAUGAAUAAAUUAAUUCACUUAUUUAAAAAAAA